CGCUGCCCCUCGGAGCCUGGCCGGGCAGGUCGGCUCUUUCCGGUGCUUCUGGAGCGAGCCGCUUUGUCCCAGCCGUCGUGAGCCUCGCGCGGGUCCGCUAAGCUGUCCGGCUGGGGAAGGAACCCUGGUCUGUUCUCUGGAGAGCAGCCGAACCAGGCUUGGAGGACCCCAGCCUUGCAAGGCUCAGUGUGAAGAAAUCAGUGGGGUUCAAGUACAAUGAAAGAUCUUAAAAAUUGUACAGAAUUUCAAGAUGAGUGAUACUUCUGAAGUGAUUCCAAUUUUUGAAGAGAUGUUUGCAAGCAGAUUCACACAAGAUGACAAAGAAUAUCAGGAAUACUUAAAACGCCCUCCUGAAUCCCCUCCAAUUGUUGAGGAAUGGAAUAGCAGAGCUGGUGGUAACCAAAGAAAUAGAGGCAACUGGCUGCAAGACAACAGACAGUUUAGAGGUAGGGAUAACAGACGAGGAUGGCCAAGUGACAAUCGGUCAAAUCAGUGGCAUGGACGGUCAUGGGGUAACAACUACCCACAGCAGAGACCAGAGCCCUACUAUCAACAACAGUACACACAGUAUGGCCACAACCAGCGGCCUCCAUAUGGUUACUACUGACAGAAUUGUCGGCAGCUUUUAACAAAGACCUUUUAUUUUGACAACAUG